AUGGUGGCAACACGCACGUUUAGCCAGACCCGCAUCACGCGCGUCAACGAGGCGCGCACUCCCGACUUCGAGGUCGACAAUGUCGACGGCAACGGCGCGCCUGGCACCGACGAGUCUAUACCCCUACUGUCGCCAACGCCGCUGCGCAUCCCCAAGGUGCCGCUGUCGUCGCGGCCUUCGUCCGCAGCAAGCGACGUCUCGAACCGCGGAAUCCUGCGCAGAAUCUUCAUCGACCGCGUAGGCACGCCGUCACAGCACCUCCUCCGCCCGACCUUCCCCCCGACAUCCCUCGGGACGUACUCGCCUCCGCCGCACAAGCCGCUGUCAUGGUGGGAGUACCUGUGGCUCUGUGUCAACCAGGCCAUUUCAAUGGGACUCUCGACCGUGUUCCUCAUUGGCGUCGUCGCGUGGGCGUUUGCCGCCGAGGCGCUGUACGCAAUCCCCAAGUUCCUCCGGUUCGAACGCGACCCAAAGUACACGUGGGACGACGCAAAGCACUGGCGCAAGGCGGACCGCAAGGUGUCGAAAGAGCCUCAAGACUAUGCACGCAAGGUCGGCAUGGACAUUGAGAACCAGACGGUCGAGACCGAGGACGGCUUUUUGUUGCGGAUGCACCGCGUCAUUGACCCCGAGGCGCGCCCCCGUUCCGACGGGCGCGGCGGUUUCCCCGUCCUCAUCCUCCACGGCCUGUUCCAAUCGUCUGGAUCGUUCAUCACGUCCGAGGACCGCUCGCUCGCGUUCUGGCUCGCAAAGCAGAAGGGGUACCAGGUGUACCUUGGCAACACGCGCGGCAUCUUUGACAUGGGCCACAGGAGCUACUCGCGGUCAGACCCGCGUUUCUGGGACUGGACAAUUCGCGACCUCGCAAUGUACGACCUCCCGGCCAUGGUGGAGCAUGUGUGCCGCGAAACUGGCUACGAGAAGAUUGCCUUUAUCGGCCACUCGCAGGGCAACGGCCUGACCUUUAUUUCGCUCUCCCUCGGCAUGGUCCCCAACCUCGGCAAGAAGCUUUCUGUGUUCAUUGCCCUCGCGCCCGCCGUGUACGCCGGGCCGCUGACGCACGGCUUCCCGUUCACGACGCUCAACAGACUCGAGUGGCACACCUGGAAGCGCUUCUUUGGGGUCCUCGACUUUAUCCCACUCAUGCGGUACGCGUACGACUACUGCCCGGCACAGAUCUUUGCGACCAUGGGCUACAUCAUGUUCGCCUUCCUCUUCUCGUGGACCGACACCAACUGGCUCAAGCGGCGCAAGACGAAAAUGUUCCGCUUCACGCCCACGCCCGUGUCAUCGGCGUCCAUCUUCUGGUGGUGCGGCAAGGGCGGGUUCGCAGACAGAAAGUGCACGCUCGACGACACGCUCGAGCGAUGGUACGACGAGCGUUUCCCGCCGCUGUCCAUCUACUAUGGUGGCCGCGACUACCUCGUCCUUGCCGAGCCGCUCCUUGAGCGCUUGAAGACGAAGGAGACGGACGUGAGGGUACACAAGGUGACCAAGCUCGACAAGAGCGAGCACUGCGACUUUUACUGGGCCGCAGAGGCCGUCGAGUGGGCGUACGAUUCGUUUGUCGACGACAUUGAAUCUACGCGGCCACGGUACCCCGAGGAGGAGCCGGGCGUUGAGGAGGUGCUCGAGUAA